AUGCAAAUGACAUGGAUUCGUGACUCCGUGGAAAACAAAGAGCGACAUCUAUCGAUAGUUCACAACACUAGAUCUCCCCGUCUCAAGGAGCGGCCAGUGGCACCGGCUAGUCACAUUUUAGUCGGCGCCCGCGCAACAGCUUAUUCCAAAAAUACAUACACCCGGCCACAUGCGGACGACUCAUAUGUGCUACCUGAGUAUAUGUGCAGUGAGUUCUGUGGCCAUUUAGAUGAAGUUAUGUCGCCCACCGCUAUCGGGGAAUGGCCGCAGUGGUGCGGCAAGGUGGAGGGCUGUCCUCAGGCGCUGCUAGGCUGGCUUUACCUGACACCGGAGCAAAACGAUCAGUGGGCCCCGGGUUCAGUAUGGGGUCCUCUUCCUACAGCCACAGCGGGCUCCCCACCACAAGACGACGCCAGCUCCCUCGCGGAGCAGUUAGCAGCCCUAUCCCUCCGCCGACCGCCUCGGCCUCCGCCCCCGGCCUACAUGUGUCAUUUGUGCUUCAAGAAAGGACACUUCAUUGGAGACUGUCCACAGGCACGACCGAAGGGGGAAGGUCUAACUCCUUAUCAAGGGAAGAAACGAUGUUUCGGAGAGUACAAGUGCCCAAAAUGUAAGCGCAAAUGGAUGAGUGGAAAUUCUUGGGCUAAUAACGGCCAGGAAUGCAUUAAAUGCCGCAUCAAUGUCUUCCCCCACAAACAGAGGCCUCUUGAAAAACCUGACGGCCUGGAUGUGAGUGAUCAGUCAAAACUACAUCCGCAAUACCUCUGUCAGAAGUGCCGUUCAUUGGGUUAUUACUGCCGCAGAGAAUAUUAG